AAUUAGGUGACAGUUUCAACUGGGUAACAAUUUAACCAAAAAGGAAAAAUCGAUUUGGAGGUCAGUAUCAGAGACUUGGCAAAAUGCUCUGCCGAUUGCAGAAGCAAAAAUUAAAUGAAAUCGAGGAUGGAGGAGACGAGCAGUGAAGCCCCAAACACUCGAAACCUAAACGAUCUUCCGGAGGAGCUCCUCCUCCACAUCCUCUCCUUCCUCCCCACAUUGGACUCCGUCCAAACCUCCCUCAUCUCUCGCAAAUGGCGGCCCCUCUGGUCCCGCGUCCCCUCCCUCAACUUCAACUACCAACUCUUCCCGCCGUACGAGCCGCCGCUGGACACCCGCGAUUUCUACGCCGAGUUCAUCGACCGCGUCCUCAUUUCCCGCCCCAAUUCCCCCGUCCACACCUUCCGCCUCUCUUUCAUCUACCACCAUUACUACGCCUCCCACGUCGACUCCUGGCUCCGAUCCGCCGUCACCAACCUCCGCGCUCGGGAGCUCUACCUCCACUUCUUCAUCGACCUUAAUUUUCACAAUGACGAAGGCCGGAACCACAUCUAUGAUUUCCGUUUCUCUCUUCUUAGAAAUGGGUGUGUUGAGAAAUUGAUCCUCAUGCGUUGUGAUCUUACUCUGCCGGCGAAAUUGUCCACCAUGCGGUUCGGGUCGAUUCGGUUCAUCUGUUUCGAUCACGUUUAUUUGGAGGACCCGGCCGUGAAGGAUCUGUUAUCUGCUUGCCCCAAUAUGGAGGUUUUCGAAAUUAACGGCUGUUUGGGGCCUCACCAUUUGGAGAUAUGCAGCACAAGUCUUAAAAGGCUAAUACUUGAAUUUGGGUAUAUCACAGAGAAGAAGCAGACGUUACUGGUUGAUUGCCCGAAGCUUUGUUCGAUCAGUAUUCAUCGUUGUGACUUUGAAGAGUGUGUACUUAAGAAUGCUUCUUCUUUGGUUGAGUUUCAUGUUGAUUUUCCGCAUCAAAUUGAUAAAUCGUAUCGUCCUUGGAGUAAUGUUGUUAGGCUACUCGAACAAGUACCAAAUGUUAAGCAUCUUAAUGUGCAAAAUUGGUGGUUCAAGUUUCUGACAUCAAAGAAUACUUUUCCCGAAAGUUUUGUUCUCCACAAUCUGAAGCUGUUGGUGCUGCGAACUGGGUUUACCCGAUAUGAUCUCGUUGGCAUGGCUGCACUGCUUAAACUUUGUGCCAAUCUCGAGACACUGAUUGUAGAAUCCCCUUUCAAGAUGGAGAAAGAUGAGAGUUUACCAGAAGAGAUCUUAAAGAAACCAGUUCAUUUGAGCAUGCCAAGUCUCAAGCAAGUUAAAAUGAAAGCGUUUAACGGCCGAAAAAGACAAGGUAGUUUUGUGAAAAUCUUGCUGAGGCAAGGAGUUGUCCUGGAAAAGAUUGUACUUCUUCCCGACGAAGUUGGCCAGAACGAACCGCUUCCUCCGAUAAUUCUAAAUAGAAAUGUUUCACAAGCUUGGGAGAUAGUCACAGAACCAAAUAGUGGAUAGACUAUGAGGUUUAAAUGGGGAAUGCAAAAUCCUGGAGCUCUGAGACCUUCAACUUUCAACUUUCAACUGCUGUUUUCGGAUAUUGAAUUAGACUUUUGGAUUGAGCUCUCUAAUUAUAUUUCUAUGAGUGCAUUGACUGAGACUGCAUUUUCUUGUUCUUGUAUAUAUGAAGAGUUUGCAGCAUGUUUUAUGAGCAAAUUAAGUUGCUGAAA